AUGGCUAUUGAUAGUGGAAACAAGGCUCUAUCCAUUGUGGAUGCCCCCAUUUCAGCUCUCGCAUCAGCUCUGUCUCAGGGCCACAUCAACAGCGUCGAGUUAACAGUCAAGCACCUCCUCAGGAUUGCCAAGUAUGAUCGUCGCACAAUCCACCUCAAUGCCGUCCCCAUCAUGAACCAAGAUGUCUUUGACUCUGCUCAAGCGUCAGACCAGCGUCGCGCCUCAGGUGAAACGCUAGGUCCCCUUGAUGGAAUCCCAGGUACGAUCAAGGACUCAUACAAGAUGAAAGGCAUGACAGUAGCAGCUGGUUCUCCUGCUUUCAAAGACCUCAUCGCGAAUGAAGAUGCCUUUACUGUACAGAAGCUCAAAGAGGCUGGUGCUGUUCUCUUGGGACGAACUAAUAUGCCUCCUAUGGCUGCUGGAGGUAUGCAGCGUGGUGUCUAUGGUCGUGCAGAGUCUCCUUACAAUGAAGCCUAUCUCACCGCAGCCUUUGCAUCAGGGUCUUCCAACGGUUCCGCUACUGCGACUGCCGCCAGUUUUGGCGCCUUUGGAAUGGGCGAAGAGACAAUCUCGUCGGGUCGUUCACCUGCUUCCAACAACGGGCUUGUGGCAUACACCCCUUCCAGAGGCUUAAUCUCAAUUCGAGGUAACUGGCCUCUGUUUGCAACAUGCGAUACAGUUGUUCCUCAUACCCGAACAGUCGAUGACAUGUUCACACUCUUGGACGUUAUCGUGGCAAAGGACUCCAAGACAUCUUGCGACUUUUGGCGCGAGCAGCCUUUUGUCAAACUACCAGAAGUUGACUCCAUUCGACCAAAGACUUUCUUCGAUCUACGCGAUACCAAUGCACUCAAGGGAAAGAAGAUCGGUGUACCAAAAAUGUACAUCGGAGGUGUGGACUCUGACCCAACAGCUAGAAAGGUCCACACUCGCAAGUCUGUCAUUGAUCUGUGGACCCAAGCUCGGAAGAUUCUUGAAGGACUCGGCGCCACUGUCGUCGAGACCGACUUUCCUCUCGUGACUAAGUUUGAGAAACCGGAGGCUUCUGACAUUGUCUCUGAGACUCCUCCUCAUCGCAAUGAGAUCGACAUAUGUCAGCUCAUGGCAUAUACUUGGGAUGAUUUCCUGGCUUCGAAUAAAGACGAGAAAGUCGCCUCAACACUUGCACAGGUGGAGUCAUCUACGAUCUUCCCUCAUCCGCCUGGAUGUUUACAGGACAAGUACGACUCCAAUGAUCCUCUUGUGCGACACAACGCCGUGGUGGCUCACAUCACCAAUGGCCGUGUUCCCACCUUUGAGAUGCCAAAUCUCGGCGAGGCUCUUCGGAACCUUGAGAAGACGCGAAAGACCGACUGGGAAGAUUGGCUUGACGAAAUGGGUCUCGACACAGUCGUCUGGCCUUGCAACGCUGAUGUAGGCAAAUCUGAUGCGGAUGUCAACAAAGAGUCACAAGAACAUGCGUGGCUCAAUGGAGUUCUGUACUCAAACGGUAACUGUGCUAUACGACAGUUUGGCAUCCCGACUGUUAGUGUUCCUAUGGGAGUUAUGGCCGACAUUGGAAUGCCUGUCAACCUCACCUUUGCUUCCAAGGCGUAUGAUGACAGCAAUUUGUUUCGGUACGCUUAUGCUUUUGAGAAGCACAGUCAGCUACGUCAACCACCAUCGCGUAUGCCUGAGCUAGAGACAGACACCAUCUCACGACAGCCAAUCGUAGCGCAGAUUGGUCUGAAAGCACCUCAAUUGGAGGUUGAAACAUCAGCUUCAAUCGUCAAGGGAGAGAAAGCUAUCCAGGUAUCAGGCAUGAUCGACGAACAGGAAGUGUCUGAGCUGCACGUCUAUGUAGAUGGCGAAGAAAUGAAGGAUGUCAAGGUUGUCAGUGGAAAAUGGCAGGUAAAGUCCAAGUUGAACGAAGCAACUAGACCCAGGCCAGAAGAGAUCAGUGUGCCUAGUUUCGAGUCUGGAAUGGUUAUUGCUGUAGCUACGGGGAAGAAUGGGAGGUCAACUGCCAAAAUGGCAUUCGUUUAG